AUGGACCAAGUCAUCAGCUUAUUGUCUUCCUCCCCAGCAGUCGUAUCAAGACCGACAAAUGAGAGUCUGGAAGCUAGUUUUGGGGUUGUGGACAGUCCUCUGAAUGCGGCACCUGCGAAGGUAGACGACUCGCUAUUUGAUUAUGGCGAUUUUCUCGACAGCUCGGCAACCAAGAGAAGGAGGCUGAGCCCCGCCGUGGAUCAAAAAAUUCAUACCACUGAUCAUAUCACGCCUCUUAAAUCCCCCGGUUUUAUGUUCUCGGACAUCACGGAUUUCAAUAGUAUAGGAAAUACCCCUGAUAUACCCCAAGCCAAGUCAAAGGCAAAGGAAACGGUCAAUAAAACAUCGGCAUCAUGGGAUCUUACCCUGGAUGACCCUAUCGUCUGCUCAUCCUCUGCGCCUAACAACCAAAUCCAAGAAGAAAUUUCAAAAAAGCCAAUAACUAUAGUUAUUGAUGAUGAUGAUGAUGGCGACGAGGAUGAUGACUUUCUGGGCUGUAACCUAGCACCAUCGGAUGAUAUCGAUGACCACAACGACGAUGAAGAUCUUUUCAAUUUUGAUGCCUCCCAAUCAUCAACGUUUGGUAUUUCAAAGAAGACCACACUGCUGCUCGAACAACUUAGACGAGAGGCAGAGUCCAAGGGUAGAUCAAAAAAGAAGAAGAAAGUGGAAGAUGACUUUGAUUCGUUAUCAGAGGGUGAUGCGCUGCCUUCCACGAAACAAAAAUCCGUAAGACGGCAACCAAGCAGUCAAACAGCGGGUAAAAAUGCAGACAGGACAGCGAAAGCACUAGAGCGAGAGGCAGCAAAACUUCGCCGACAACAAGAGAAGGAACUGCAAAAGGAAGAAAAGCGGAAGCAGAAGGAAGAGAAAGAAAAGCAAAAGCGGAUUGCAGCUGAUAUCGCGGAGGCAAACAAGUCGAAAGUGGACAAGGCCGUGUCGGUUGGAGAGAUGAUUGUUGACAUAUCCUCUACCUUCCAGGACACCAGCAUCGGAACUCAGACGGAGGAACAUAUGCGCAAUCUGGGGGUGGAGAUGAACUUUUCGUCCUCGCAGAUACCCAACAUCGUCUCAUGGAGACGGAAAGUAACCGCGCAAUAUACUGAUGCAGGACAUUGGGAGCCAUGUGCGCCAACAAUAAAAGCCGAAGGUCAUGUACUAUGUUUCUUCACCGGGGAUGAAUUUGCCGAGAUGGCUGUUGCACCUCCGGCCAGCAAUAACACGGUUAAGGCGUAUUUCCAGAAAAUAAGCGGAGAAUACCCGAGCCGCAAGCAGAUAUAUCUCAUCGAGGGCUUGGCUGCCACCAUCAGGAAAGGCAAGAAUUCGCGCAACCGGUCGUACCAGGCUGCUGUUCUGCAACAGAUUGACGACAACCAGGCCAACUCAGGCGCUGCUGGGCAGCCACCACCACCACCACCACCUGAAGCAGCAACAGCAACAGCAUCAUCCCAAUCCAAGCGGAAGAAAGCAAGGUCAAGCAAAAAGACGGCCAGCACAACCCAUGUGAUUGACGAAGACGCCAUUGAAGACGCCUUGCUUCAGCUGCAGGUUGUCCACUCAUGUUUGGUGCACGAGACUGCCAACUCGACUGAAAGCGCCUCAUGGAUCAAGAACUUCACCGAACAUAUCUCGACGGUUCCCUAUAGGCGAGAACUGAUGAAGAGCCAGGAUGCGUCGUUCUGCAUGGAUGUAGGACAAGUUAGGACCGGGGAUGAUGCGGGGGAUGCAUAUGUUCGAAUGAUGCAGGAGGUCAGCCGUAUCACGGCGCCGAUAGCGUAUGGCGUUGCUACGCAGUUUCCUACUGUUGGCAGGUUGGUGGAGGCGUUUGAUCAGGGAGGUGCACUGCUCCUUGAAGAUGUUAAGGUAUGUUAUUAUUGUGUGUGUGUGUUUGAACGCACCAGCCAGCCAGCCACCUUUUCAAGGACCAUAUUCUAA